GCAGCGGCGGCAGCGGCACCGGGGACCAUGGUGCUGCCGGCGCCUCCUCCGCGGGCGUGAAGGCGGCGCCCCCUCUGCCUCCCCGGACUCGGCGGUGUCCCAGGAGCUUUGGCUGCCAAUUCCAGUUUCCCAGCGCCGCGUUCCGGCAAUGGUGAGGGCUUCGGUCCCUUCCCUCAUCUGCUGUCAACCAUGAGUGGACGGUUGUGAUGCCUGCUAGCCGGAAGGUGUCUCUCGGUGUGUUGCGGUCCUGUGGCAUUAUGCAUGCCCCCUACCUGUGACUCCAGGUUUUUUAUGGCUCUGAGACACAUUACAAGUUCAGGGGUAAGAAGUGACCUUCUGAGGUGACUAUAACUGAAGAUUGCUCUACCGAAGCCAGAAUAAAGGUUUUUGAGUCAUGAUGCAAGAAUCUGGGACUGAGACGAAAAGCAACGGUUCAGCCAUCCAGAAUGGGUCGAGUGGCGGCAACCACUUGCUAGAGUGUAGCAGCCUCCGGGAGGGCCGGUCCAACGGGGAGACGCCCACCGUGGACAUCGGCACAGCCGACCUCACCCACGUCCAGCAGCAGCAACAGCAGCAGCAGCAGCAGCAGCAGCAGCAGGCUCUUCAGGUGGCAAGACAGCUCCUCCUACAGCAGCAACAGCAGCAGCAAGUUAGUGGAUUAAAAUCUCCCAAGAGGAAUGACAAACAACCAGCUCUUCAGGUGCCCGCGUCAGUGGCUAUGAUGACGCCGCAAGUUAUCACUCCCCAGCAAAUGCAGCAGAUCCUCCAGCAACAAGUGCUGAGCCCUCAGCAGCUGCAGGUUCUCCUCCAGCAGCAGCAGGCCCUCAUGCUCCAACAGCAGCAGCUUCAAGAGUUUUAUAAAAAACAACAGGAACAGUUGCAGCUUCAACUUCUACAACAACAACAUGCUGGAAAACAGCCUAAAGAGCAACAGCAGGUGGCUACCCAGCAGUUGGCUUUUCAGCAGCAGCUUCUACAGAUGCAGCAGUUACAGCAGCAGCACCUCCUGUCUUUGCAACGCCAAGGCCUUCUAACAAUUCAGCCCGGGCAGCCCACCCUUCCCCUUCAACCUCUUGCGCAAGGCAUGAUUCCAACAGAACUGCAGCAGCUCUGGAAAGAAGUGACAAGCGCUCAUCCUGCAGAGGAGACCCCAGGCAACAACCACAGCAGCCUGGACCUGACCACGACCUGCGUCUCCUCCUCUGCACCUUCCAAGACCUCCUUAAUAAUGAACCCACAUGCCUCUACCAACGGACAGCUCUCAGUCCACACUCCCAAAAGGGAAAGUUUGUCCCAUGAGGAACAUCCCCAUAGCCACCCUCUCUAUGGACACGGCGUGUGCAAGUGGCCAGGCUGUGAAGCAGUGUGUGAAGAUUUCCAGUCGUUUCUAAAACAUCUCAACAGUGAGCAUGCGCUGGACGAUAGAAGUACAGCCCAAUGUAGAGUACAAAUGCAGGUUGUACAGCAGUUAGAGCUACAGCUUGCAAAAGACAAAGAACGCCUGCAAGCCAUGAUGACCCACCUGCACGUGAAGUCUACAGAACCCAAAGCCGCCCCUCAGCCCCUGAAUCUGGUGUCAAGCGUCACGCUCUCCAAGUCCGCCUCAGAGGCUUCUCCACAGAGCUUACCUCAUACUCCAACGACCCCCACCGCCCCCCUCACUCCCGUCACCCAAGGCCCCUCCGUCAUCACCACCACCAGCAUGCACACGGUGGGGCCCAUCCGCAGGCGGUACUCAGACAAAUACAACGUGCCCAUUUCUUCAGCAGAUAUUGCGCAGAACCAAGAAUUUUAUAAGAAUGCAGAAGUUAGACCACCAUUUACAUACGCAUCUUUAAUUAGGCAGGCCAUUCUCGAAUCUCCAGAAAAGCAGCUAACACUAAAUGAAAUUUAUAACUGGUUCACACGCAUGUUUGCUUACUUCCGGCGCAACGCAGCCACGUGGAAGAAUGCAGUGCGUCAUAAUCUUAGUCUUCACAAGUGUUUUGUGCGAGUAGAAAACGUUAAAGGGGCAGUAUGGACAGUGGAUGAAGUAGAAUUCCAAAAACGAAGGCCACAAAAGAUCAGUGGUAACCCUUCCCUUAUUAAAAACAUGCAGAGCAGCCACGCCUACUGCACACCUCUCAAUGCAGCUUUACAGGCUUCGAUGGCUGAGAAUAGUAUACCUCUAUACACUACUGCUUCCAUGGGAAAUCCCACUCUGGGCAAUUUAGCCAGCGCAAUACGGGAAGAACUGAAUGGGGCAAUGGAGCAUACCAACAGCAACGAGAGCGACAGCAGUCCGGGCAGAUCCCCUAUGCAAGCCGUACAUCCUGUACACGUCAAAGAAGAGCCUCUCGACCCAGAGGAAGCUGAAGGGCCUCUGUCUUUAGUGACAACAGCCAACCACAGUCCAGAUUUUGACCACGACAGAGAUUAUGAAGAUGAAGCAGUAAAUGAGGACAUGGAGUGAACGUCUGGGUGGGCCGACCCCAAGAAUGAAGAUUGGAAAAAGAAAAAAAAAAAAAAAACAAAAAACGAAAAAACCACGUCAAAAGUUAGCAGUGAAAUUGUUCUCCAUUUGUUGUACAGUCUGGAGGAUUUUCACUACAUUUUGACAACUCUGAAAUGUGUUAACUCUUAGUGCCAUCAAGAAUCCCAUUUGGGAGUAUUUUUGAUUUUUCUACUUUUUGUUGAAAAAAGGAAUUUGUACUCUGUGCAUUGGAUGGACUUGUUUGGUACUUGGGAUUUUCCUCUCUUAACAGUCAACAUCAGUGUUGUAAAUUUACUAAACUGAUUCACUUUUAGCAGCAGACUUUGAACUGCAGUCCUGCCAACGUUGGACACUGAGGACACCCGACUGAGCUUGUGCACCUAAGCUGCAGACCAAGCCUUUGCCCAGAAUUUAAGGAUUCCAAUGGACGACCUAUUUGCACAGUACUGCAUGUUGAUUAUCACUGCCUUUACUCCAUUUUUUUGUUUGUUUUUUUUUUUUUUUUUUUUUUUGCUUCCAGUUGGGAUGGGGAAGGCCUUUGUGUGUGUAUUGGGGGGAGGGGUUAAAAAUAAUUAUCCCAAACUUUUUAAUGUAUUGCUUUUUUUUUUUUUUGCUUCUACUAUACCAUUUUAAGUUCUGACCUCAGGCCUCCAUUUGGGCCCAUGGCCUCUUGGAGGCUUAAAGUUUUCUGUACCUUGUGAUGAAUGUUAAUAGGUGUUUUUAUUAUACAAAGCUGAAUGUCAUUUCUCGUUUGUAGUUUUCUGUCACUCAUUCCAUUUCCCUUCAGACAUCACCAUGUUUCUCUAAAGUCAGAAAACAUUCCGUUUUGGUCUUUUUCUAAAAGGUCCCAAAUGCUGCACUCUACACAUGAAGGUCCUCUCACACAGACGUGACAUCCUGCCAGAAAGAGAAUGAAUGACAGAAAAAAAAAAAAAAAAAGACACACUCUAGGAACAAUGCAGAUUCAUUCCACAGAGCAGUAUUGGGGGUGGUAAGGGGGUUGUUUCAGAUUUCCUCCUCCUCUUUUUAUUUUCUGCAGCUACCAUCAUUCUUAAUAAAUGCCACAGCAUUCUACCAGCACAAGGAAACAUAAGCAGCACCAGAAAAAAGAUCCCAUCAUAAUUAGACUGAAAAUACGGCCAUGGAAGGCUCUCUCUCUUCUGUAACUAAGGGGCAGUGGGCAGCAGUCUCUCUCAGAACCAGCAUGGGUGGCUUUGUUUGCAAGAUGGCCAUAAAUAGGGCUGGCUUCUCUGAGCAGCUUUGCAAAAACAUGGUUUACAGGUCAGUUCAGACCUCUUUGGUGGCAUUAAUCUGUUUGAAUACAAAUUAGAUUUCAGAUUGAACCUGUAUGGCAGUUAAUGAGGGCUGAGUUCAGCAAAUGCUCAAGUAUUAAUUUCCAAUGUGCAAAUUUGGUACUGCAAUUCAGAUUGUUAUACAAUAUUGUCACACCAACCCAGUAUCAAAAACCAAUACGAGACACUGGGCAAAUGGAGGCUCACCUCAGCCCUUAGCUUGUGAGGAAUCCAACACGGCACGCAGAAUGUAACGGUGACAGGUCAGUGCCAUCUCCAUCUUUGGAACCCCUCCACACCUCCAGUCUGCAUCCACUUUCCUGUCAUUUGUUUAUCUAGGACCGUAGAUUUUUAGUUUGAGAGCCUUUUGAAGCUUAAUUUAUAUUCUUCAUACCUUUUUUCCCCUAAAAUUACCAAAGAUGUUACACAAAGGUAAAUUAUGUUCUCUGUUUUAUGCUUUAUCUGAUGAAGCCAAAUAUCCUCUUAUUGUUGAUCAAAGGAGGCGAAAGAAUUUAGAGGCAAAUGAAGAGAUAUAGGCUAUUGCUAACCUGAGAAAGAGAACUGCUCCUUCAUCUUAGAGUAAAUUUAGAAGACCAAGUAGAUCAUGGAACCAAAGUUGUUACUUUUUUCUAGUUGUUUUCUUUUUUCUUUUUGUUUUCCUGUACCUCUACUGAGACCAAAACUCAUUUUCUAUAAAGAGAAAUCAUGGGACUACAGAAGAUUAAACACAGGACACAGUAUUCAAGGAGCGACAGAAGGAAGGGAGUCCCAUCUCAAAGAAAAAGAAAUUAAUGUGUGCCACUGAAAACUAGGGUAUCCAAUAGAGGAGAGACAGUUAAAAUUUGGAGAGAACAAAAAAGCUUCCACAAUUGAACUAGACCACAUAAUAGUAUUUCUAGAAUAAAAGACAUGUUUUAGAAAGAUUGUAUGCCACUUUUGUUUAAGAACCGUGCUAUGAUCACUGCAUUAAUUUUGGUUUAUCUUGGCAUAUGGCCUCUAGUUUGUUUUGUUUUUCCUUUUUCCUUCCUUUACUCGGAUUAGGCUUUGGUCAGCAUUUUUCAUUUACAAAAAAGUAACACUCCCGUCCACUCAUAAGCUUGGUACAAAAACCUCUUUGGCGAUUACUUUUGAAGCUUCACUCUGCUUUCUGUAUAAAGGGCAGUCUGUGGUCACUCAAGACUUUUUUUUUUUAAACUUUUCCAGGCAGCUUCAUGAUGUGCAGGCAGUAGCCAGACAGGGUCAUGGGAAGGGGGCCCUGUGCUUCUAAACUGAGUGGUUGCUGGUUAGUUUGGUAUUCAAAAAGAGGAUAAAAAUCUGGUAGAUUAGUUCAUUCUCAGCAUGUGUAGCUAGACAUGAGUAAAGAUAACAGCAUGAGAAACUGUUAGUACGCAUACCUCAGUUCAAACCUUUAGGGAAUGAUUAAAAUAAAAAAAAAAUACAUUUCACUCAGUUGCACUUAGUCGCGUAUGUCUUGCAUGCUUAGUCUAAAGACUGUAGCAAAAAAAAAAAAAAAAGAAAAAUUAGAUUUUUACAUAUCUUUGCAGGUAUCACAGCCUUGCAGAAGAACCAACUGAAAAAAAAAAAAUUCUCAGGCUUUACAGCAAGCAAACUUCACUAUGAUUUUUACAAUUCUGAAUCUGUAUCCCUUGGGGGUAUUCCAGUCGCUUCUUUAGGAUGGGGUUUAUUAUGUUGUACAUAUAUCCCAAUGUGUCUGUGUGAUCUUUGUCUUUUUUGGGGGAGGGCGGAGGGUGGUUCUUUUUUUAGAUACUGUUCCUAAAAAGGAAUAAAUGCAUACACCUGUUUGUCAAAACA